GUGAAGAAAAAAAUAACAUAUAGGAAUUGGGAAAAAUUUGAAUUAACGAGGUUAGCCUGGGGUGGAAAAUGUUUGGUGCUCCAGUGGAUUUGUCAUUUAAACAGCUCAGUUCAAUGGCAGAUGCGAUGACCGAAGAGCACAGGCAAGGUUUGCGACCACUGAGACGGAAUGCGGAGGGGAAGUUCUGCAGCCGAGCACUUAGACUGAACAAUAACAAAAUCAGAGAGAUGAUCGGCUUCAAUGACGCGGUAAACGCGUUCCUAAGCAGGCCGUCCGAGAUAGCCUGGAUCGACUUGUCGCACAACGUCAUUACUCGCAUAGAUUCUGUCUUGACUGAGCUGCCAGAAUUGCGGGUCUUGUAUCUUCAUGGCAACAACAUUAGCAAGCUUUCAGAAGUGGACAAGCUACAAGUCUUGCCUUCCCUCCACACAUUAACAUUGCAUGGCAACCCUGUAGAAGCUGAGAAGGGAUACAGGGCCUAUGUGAUCGCAACGCUGCCCCGCCUGAAGUCCCUUGAUUUCUGUGCUGUAACCAAGCAGGAGAAAGUUAUGGCAAAUAUUUGGAACAGAGGCAGCACCCAGGACAAGCACAGUACGAAAAAGACAUGACUAACACAUACCCAGCAUGGUCCUGGGAAAGACUGACCAAUCUGGGCAGUGAAGAACUGAGAAAAAAAUAAAUAUUACUUUGUACUGUAUCAUGUUGGGUCAAUACAAUACUGAAGAAAAUCAACUAAAACCUCUCAUUUCAUUGA